CUUUUUUAAAAAUAUAUUAUGAACACUCUCCACUCCUUGUUUUGAUUCUUUUUUUUUUUUUUUUAAAAAAAAAAAAAGAAAAAAAGAGAAGAAAAGAAAGGGAAAACUUGCCGUGUCGGGGUCGGUUUCUCAUACAGUUCUCUUUUUCAUUUCCAAAUCGCCAUCCAAAUCACUAUGCCGCAGCCUCUUCCGUUGAAUGUUGCCCGACGACUGGGUAAACGGACAUCACAGAUUCCUCUAUCUAGGAUAUCGUCAUGUAACCCGCCGUCGAAGUUUGCUGUUAUUCAGCUAGUGCCUUCUCGUAAGGCUAGCAGCAAUGCCACUGACGUCCAGAGCAUAAAUAGCCACACCACAGGCAAACGGGCGCUUGCUACUGUACGAAAUUCAGCAGCACAUCUCGAGACAGAUCCUCACCGGGAGAGAGUGGUCAUCCUCGGAUCCGGUUGGGGAGGAUACACCUUCUCCCGCGAAGUAUCUCCCAAACUAUACUCACCCAUUGUCAUUUCCCCGCGGACAUACUUCGUCUUCACACCGCUUCUUACCGAUGCCGCCGGCGGUUCGAUCGAUUUCUCGAACAUCACAGAGCCGAUCCGGGACCGAUCGUGCAAGGCCGAUUACAUUCAAGCCGCUGCCCGGUGGAUAGAUUUCAAGAACAAGACGGUCGUUUGCGAGUCAACCGUGAUCAAGAAAGACGUCACUGAAACGCCGCGAGCAGUUCUGGAGGAGAGGACGGACGAGGACCGCGGCGGGGAGUAUGGUGCCCUCAGUCCGACGGCAUAUAAGCAACAAUGGGAGAGAGGAGACAUGUUUGAGAUCCCGUAUGACAAGUUGGUCAUUUCCGUCGGUGCUGUGGCCAGGACUUUCAACACCCCCGGUAUCAAGGAUAACGCCAUGUUCUUCAAGGACAUUGGGGAUGCGAGACGGGUGAAGCGCCGUGUGAGAGAAUGCUUCGAGUUGGCGGCGCUGCCCACAUCGACCCCGGAGAUGCGGAAGUGGCUGCUGCAUUUUGCCAUUGUCGGAGGAGGCCCGACGGGAACUGAGCUUGCCGGUUCGCUUCGAGACUUCAUCUUCGGUGAUAUCAUAAAACUCUACCCAUCCUUAGCGGGUCUGCCGAAGAUCACGGUGUACGAUGUCGCCCCCAAGGUCCUGUCAAUGUUCGAUGAGUCGCUCUCGAAAUAUGCCAUGGACCAUAUGCGCAAGGAAGGUAUCGCCGUUAAGACUUCUCAUCACAUCCAAAGCCUCCGUUGGGGAGCGCCCAAUACCACGGGCCCUCACCCGAUGGACCCCAAGGGCCCUCUAACCAUCACAACCAAGGAGGAAGGCGAAGUCGGCGUCGGCGUAUGCGUCUGGGCGACCGGAAACGCCAUGAGGAAACUCGUCCGUGACAGUCUCCAGUCCGUGGAUACUUUCCCUCUCAAUUCCGCCUUGAUGAAGGACGGUCAACGACCCCCUGACAGCGUCACCAAGUCCGGGUGGCACGUCAAGAAGUCCCCACGUGGUGGUGCGUUGCAGGUUGACAGCCACCUCCGCGUGCAACUCGAAAACGACAAGGGCGAUGUGGCUGUCCUCCAGGACGUCUUUGCUAUCGGUGACAAUGCUGUGCCAGAGGGCGCGCCAGUCCCCGCGACCGCCCAGGCUACUCGGCAAGAGGCGAAGUGGCUCGCGGCACGCUUCAACCAGCGCGAUUUCGCAACCAUCCCGGGCUUUACCUUCCAGAACAUGGGUAUGCUGGCGUACCUUGGAGCCCAACGGGGCCUGAUGCAAUUGCCGCAGGAGGAAGGACAGCGUAGCAAAGUUCUCCCGGCCAACUUGAAGGGCCGAACCGCAUGGAUGGUGUGGAACUCGGCCUAUAUCGGUAUGAGUAUCAGCUGGAGGAACAAGCUUCGUCUGAUUUUCCGGUGGACGCUCAAUCGUUUGUUUGGCAGGGAUGUAUCGAGGUUUUGAUUUCAUUCAUUUGCCCUAUUUCCUUUGUGCUUUGUUGAAGGUGUCCGGAUCCUGCUUAGCAUAUAGAGAGCGUUUGAGGCGUAUAUGCCCUUUUUUCUUGUUUUUCUUCUGGUUGUAAAUAGACUGUCCAAUAUUAUUUCUUAUGGAUCUCAUCUGUCAUCAUUAACGUUAAUUUACUGAAUUACUAACAAGGAACCACUGCCCGCGCUGUGUAG